UAAGGAAGUCUCUGUUUCACUGCAAGGUCCAGCGGCCGACCUUGGCGUAUGGGUGUGGACUGGAUGCUACUGGUAUAUAAAGGUGUGGUCAGCCGAAUGUGAGGCACUUUACGGCAGCAAAGUCCACCACAAAACACACCAUGAAGCUCCUGGUGGUCCUCUCCGCUGUGGCCGCGUGCGCGCUGGCGAAGCCCGGUUUCGUGUCGCCGGUGGCGUACAACACGCUGGGCUACAGCCCGGUGGCCGGAGUGCUGGGCUACGGCGCGCUGCCGUACGCUGCCGCCUACCACGGCGUUGUAGCCGCCGCCCCCGCCGUCAGCGUCGUUGCGCCCGUGGGCCUGCGCACGCAGUACCACGCGCAGGACGAGCUGGGACAGGCCAGCUACGGCCACACGGAGCCCCUGCAGGCGCACGCCGCCGUGCAGGACGCGGCCGGCAACAAGAUCGGUAGCUACAGCUACGUGGCGCCCACCGGCGAGGUGGUGCGCGCCGACUACGUGGCCGACGCGCUCGGCUACCGCGUGGCCAGCAACGCGCUGCCCGUGGCGCCCGCGCCCGUCCACACCGCCGUCGCCGAUACCGCCGAGGUGGUGGCCGCGCGCGCCGCCCACCUGGCCGAGGUCGAGGCCGUCAAGUCGCGCUCCAAGCGCGGCAUCGCCCCCGUCGUCGCCCACGCCGUGGCCUACAGCGCGCCCGCCGUCGUCGCCGCCCCGGCAGUGACCUACGCCGCCCACGUCGCCGCCCCCGCGGUCGCCUACGCCGCCCCCGUCGCUGCCCCCGCCGUCGUCGCCGCCGCCCCCGCCGUGAGGACGGCGACCCUCACCACGGUGGUGAACAACCCCGGACACGCCGUCUCCUACAGGGUCGACUGAACCCGCUCCCCUACCCCGCCCCUCACUGACUUCUCGAUACCGGCUCUGCGUUGACUUACCUUCGACUUCAUUUGUGUGUAUGUGUGUGUUUUGGGUUUAAUAAAUAAUUAUACACUACAGUA